CAUUAUAGCGGAGACGUGAUAAGCUCAUGGUUUUAAACCUAUUGUCCAAAGAAUUAUAUGUUACCGCAACAUUAUAUGAGAAAUUUCGUUUUAACAAAGAUGUUGUUUCUCGUAAUUCUGAUAACGUGCCUGACCCUAACAGUUCUAUCGUGUAUAGUGUUAUUAAACAUUAUUUUUUCACAUAGGUACUGUGGUACUGCCGCAUUUCAAGACAGACUCAACCAAGCUGUCGCAAAUUUCACUAUAAUACUUUGUUUUGUGACCUCAGUCAUCAAGUUGUUUUUUUCCUAUGUACGCCAUACUGGAUUCUUGCAUAUAUCGGAUGGCACCGAGUCGCCUAUUCUUGAAGAACAAGACAACUCAGAAAAGCCCAAAGUGAAAUACGGCGAACUAGUCAUUUUAGGAUAUAAUGGAUUUUUACCUCAAGGCGACAAGGGGCGCAGGCGUAGCAAAUUCGUCUUCUACAAACGGACGGUGGCGAACGGAGUGAAAAGACUGAGGCACUACGUGGUGAGGACACCUCAUUCCUCACAGGCCAUAUUGGAUGCCAACCAACACUCUAUAUCGUACACAUUGUCCAGGAACCAUGCCGUCAUUGUGGAAUACACCAGCGAUGAGGACACGGAUAUGUUUCAGAUCGGCAGAUCAUCUGAAUCGCCUAUCGACUUUGUGGUCAUGGAUACUAUACCAGGCGAUAAAACAGGCGAAACUAAAGUCAAUCAAAGUACGAUAUCGAGAUUCGCCUGUAGGAUAUUAUGUGAUAGAAACAAUCCCAAGAUAGCUAGGAUAUACGCCGCGGGAUUCGAUACGUCUAAAAAUAUAUUUCUAGGGGUAAGUAAACGGCAUCCAAUCUCCAUCAAUGCACUUAAUUACGUAUAAGUGCCGCCGGUUCAAAAUUAGCCUUUCAUUAUAUCGUGUUGUUGGCUUUCAAGUUAAAUUGCUUGGAGUUGGUUUGGA